AUGCCUCGUCUUGCUACAAAAUUUAAUAUUUCUUGGUUAGAAAAAGUAGAUUCAGAUGGUGUUCCUGUUAAGCGAUGGCUCAAACAAGGUGCGCAACCAUCAUCAUUCAUUUGUACAUUAUGUAAAACCAGUGAUUUAUACUGUGGAAACAAAGGGUGGCAAUCUAUUGAACGUCAUAUGGACAAUAAAAAACAUCGUGAUAAUUUAAAAUUGUUAAAGGAAAAUAAUACAUUUACAAUUCAAACUGAAGCGAAUCACAAUCCAUCAGAAGCUGCUUCUUCGUCAUCAAACAUAUCAACGGUAACGCUUGCAUCUCAAACAAAACAUUUUAGCUUUUCAGAUCAGGUGACUCGUGCCGAAGCACUAUGGGCAAUGAAUGCAACACGUCAUGGUUAUAGCUAUCUUUCGUGCAAUGAAUCUGGUGAUUUGUUUAAGAAGAUGUUUCCUGACUCAGACAUUGCACAAAAAUUUAACAUGGAACGAACAAAAUUAUCAUAUGUGAUUUCACAUGGUCUUGGUCCAUUUUUUCAUCGUAAUCUUGUUGAAGAUAUUAAACAAUGUGAAAGAUUUGUGUUAUGCUUUGAUGAACAAAAGAAUUAUCAGAAUAAUAAACAAUUGGAUAUUCUUUUCAAGUAUUGGAGUGUCAAGAAUCAACGUGUUGUUACUCGUUAUUAUAAAUCUAUCUUACUUGGUCAUGCACCUGCUCAUGUUAUUAAAGAUCAUAUUAUUAAUUCAUUUAGAACGGAUGGUAUUGAUAUUAAACGUCUAUUGAUGAUAGGACGAGACAAUCCUAACGUAAAUAAAGCCAUUGAAAAGCUCAUUGAUGAAGAGAUGAAGAAGGUUGGUGGAGAAUUGCUUAAAUUAGGUUCAUGUCAUAUUCAUGUGGUCCAUAACGCCUUCAAAUCAGGUACAACAACAUCAUGUUGGUAUAUUGAAGGUUUUUGCAUAGAUUUAUGGUCCUGGUUUCGCCAUUCACCAGCACGAAAGGAAGAUUUUAUCAAAAUUUCAGAAGAAAUAAACGAGACAGUUGAAAAGAACAUACUUUAUUUUGUUUGUACACGAUGGGUAUUACUUGGGAAAGUAGUUGAUCGUAUUUUAACACAAUGGGAAAUUUUAAACGAAUAUUUUCUUGUAUAUUUGCCUGAAAAUGAUAAAACAAAAAUAAAAGAAAAUAAAAAAUAUAAUUCUAUUAAGUCAUGUUUAUCAUCACAUAUCUCAAGAACUCGUUUACUGUUUAUCUCUUACUUGUGUCGGGUUGUUUUUGAUAAAUUUUUAACUUUAUUUCAAAAAACCGGUCCAAUGAUUCAUUUAUUAUAUGAAGAAUUAUCGAACUUGUUUCGUACUGUUUUGUUGUCUUUCCUGACAUCUGAAUAUAUUGGAAAUAAACAAGGUAAUGAUUUAUUAUUAAUCGAUCAUAAAUUAUCAGAAAAACAAAUGAAUGAUAAACAAAUAAAGAUUGGUGAAGAAACACGAAAAUCAUUAGCAUUAUUGUCCAAAGAAGAAAAAGAAACUUUUUUUCGUGAUGUAAGAAAUAUUUUUCAAUCAAUUGCUUCGUAUCUAAAAUCGAAUCUUCCUUUGAACAACUUAUUUUUGCGAGAUUUAAAAAUAUUGGGGCCUUCUUAUCGUUCUGAUGCUCAAGGCAUUGAUACUAUUAUUCGUAUUGGUCGAUUUAUACCAGGUUUAUUAUCUUCAAAUGAAAUUGAUCUUCUAAGUGAUGAAUGGUUAAUGUAUUCUAUUGAAGUAAUUGAUGAUUCGUGGAUUAUUAAACGAAAAUAUAAUGGUUUAGAUGGACAAGAAUAUAUUGAACAUCAUGAAGUUGAUUAUUAUUGGAACAAAGUUCUUUCAAUCGUUCAAAUCAAUGGAUAUCCGAAAUAUCCAAUACUAUCAAAAUUAGUCAAGAAUAUACUUAUUAUAUCCCAUGGAAAUGCUGAUGUCGAACGUGGCUUCAGUGCUAAUGCUAAUAUUCUUACUGAAAACCGUACUCUUUUAUCAGAAAAAUCAAUAAAUGGUCUUCGAGCUAUAUACGACGGUGUUGAAUUGUUGGGUUGUGGAUCAGUACACAAAGUUGGUAUUGAUAUGAUUCGUGCAGUUCAAAAAUCUGCCGCAUCAUACAAAGAAGAACUAUUGAAAAUGAAAGCCCUUGCUGCCUCUCAACAAAAAGAAAGUGAAAUUCUUCAAACUGCAGAGUUGGAGAAGAAAAAACUAAUCGAAGAAGAACAAGAACUUAUGAUCAAGUAUAAAAAACUCCAAUCGGAACAUAAAACAGCUCAAUUAUUAAUCGACGAAGGAAAUCAACGAAUGGAAAAUUCGUUAAAAAAGGGAGAUUUUACUGAUAUGCACGCUGCAUACGCACUUAACAAAUCUGGAAUCGAAAAAAUGAAAGUCAUUGAUGAAGAAAUGACAAAGAUUAUGGACGAUGUUUCAGCAAUUCAACAGAAGCGUGCUCAUGCUGAACGUGAACAAUCAAGAAAGAAGCGUAAAUUAACUGUUGAACCAGUAUUAAUUCAAAACGAAAACAUUUAUUGUGACUAA